GACCACCCGCACGACCUACCCGACACCCCAGGUUUACCUAACGCUGAACUCUCAACAGCGGGUUAAUAAAGACCAGUAAGCUCUUCCCCCGCUUAUGGUAUGUAUGUACAAUAGUGUACGAAGGUAGUGCAGUGUAGCAACGCAACCAUAAGACACAUCCCUUGACAAAAGGCCCAGAUCCACGAUCAGCUGCAACUGCAACAAUGACUUGUGCAAACACCACUGCAGAAUCAGACCCUGAUCAGCUUACCCUCGAAGCUGGUAGCCAACCAGUCUCUUCUACCUCGACUGCAAGGCAGCCUAGCAUUGUCUCCAGAGCAGGGUCAACUGCCGCCAUUUCCCUUUACAUUGUCUGCGUGCUGCUCUACAUUUUGACAUCCCAAAACCAGCAACAUGUUUGGUCUGAUGUUGCACGCUUUCUGAUCCUCGUCGUAUGCUCGGCCGACGGCGCGGUAAUCUUUCUCCUCCACAAAUCCCAUUUCGUACAGAACAAAGUCGAGAUAGUCACCACCUUUCUGAUGCUUGCCCUCAUCCUAAGAUUUAUUCUAGACGGCGUCACAGACGGAUUGGGCAUCAUCAUGGCCUCUCUGUUUCUUGCGGGCAAGUUUCCCGAGUUGCGGGCUGAUGUUACAGGGUGGUGGCUCCAUGCCGGGGCGGCAUAGGCGCAGCUCUCUCUCUUUACAGUGAGGUGUCGGUCCGGUAUUGUAUGUACUGUACAGGAGGGUCCGAAAUGAUGAACGGCCUUUUCCCAAGCGUCUGGGAACGAUAUGUGGCUUGGGACUCGGGUUGUCAUCCCGGUGUCAAAGGAAAGAAGCGUGUAGCUGUUAGUUGAGCAUGUCAAUUACUACUACGUAUGAGGAAGAUAGAUCAGCUGGGUGAUUG